AAAAAAAAAAUCAAUGAGGAUUUUCAAAAAUUGUGUAAUUUGAUUUGCAGGAUCUUGGCGAAUCGACAAUCUGCAGCGCGUUCGAAGGAGAGGAAAGCAAGAUACAUUCAGGAGCUUGAGCGUAGAGUUCAAUCUCUUCAAACUGAAGCCACCACUCUCUCUGCUCAGCUCACUCUCUUCCAGAGAGAUACAAAUGGACUUGCUAACGAGAACACAGAGCUGAAAAUGAGAUUACAAGCAAUGGAGCAACAAGCUCACCUUCGUAAUGCUUUAAACGAAGCAUUGAGGAAAGAAGUGGAGAGGAUGAAGAUGGAAACUGGAGAGAUAUCUGGAAAUUCAGAUUCUUUCGAUAUGGGGAUGCAGCAGGUUCAGUAUUCUCCUUCCACGUUCAUGGCGAUUCCACCGUAUAAUCAUGGCUCAAUCAACAACGGCCAAGAUAUGCAGCAGAUGCGAGGAUUCAAUCAAAUGUCGAAUUCUCAGAGCGUAUCCGAGUUUCUGCAGAACGGGAGAUUGCAAGGGCUAGAGAUAAGUAGCAAUAAUAGCUCAAGCUUGGUUAAAUCUGAAGGACCUUCGCUCUCUGGUAGUGAGAGUAGCUCUGCUUAUUGA